AUGUCUUCUUCUUCUCUUUCUGUUGAAGAAAAACACGAUGUGUUUCUCAGUUUCAGAGGUGAGGAUACACGCAACACAUUCGCUAGCUAUCUUUAUGCAGCUUUAUCGGCAAACCACAUCUUAACUUUCAUGGAUCAUGAGCUUGAGAGAGGGGAUGAAAUUUCACCAACACUAAGCCGAGCCAUCAAAGAAUCCAAGAUUUCGGUGAUCAUCUUCUCGGAAAACUAUGCUUCAUCCACAUGGUGUUUGGAUGAACUUGUGCAUAUACUUGAAUACAAGAAAACAAAAGGCCUGAUUCUUAUUCCAAUCUUUUAUGGCAUAGAUCCAUCUGUUGUACGAAAACAGGAAGGGAGUUACAAAGUUGCAUUUGAUUCACAUGAAAAAUGUUUCAAGGAUAGAAUGGAGAAGGUGAAUCAAUGGAGAUCUGCUUUAACAGAAGCAUCCCAUCUAUGUGGUUUGGAUUCAAAGGAUUUCAGGCCUGAAAAUAAGUUAGUUCAAAAAAUUGUUGAAGACAUUUCAUUAAAAUUGUCUAAAUAUCUAUCAUUGGAUGAGAAUAUCAAGGGACAGCUCAUUGGAAUUGAAAAGCAUAUCAAAGAAAUUGAAUCGCUAUUAUCCAAUAGCACAAAAGCUGUUUGCAUCAUAGGUAUUUGGGGCAUGGGAGGUAUUGGUAAGACCACCCUUGCUAGAUAUUUAUUUCAUAAUUUAUCAUCUUCUAAUAAUUUUGAAGCUUGCUGUUUUCUUUGGAAUGUUAGAGAAGAAUAUGGAAGAUUCGGAUUAGAUCAUUUGAGAAGGAAACUUGUAUCUAAUUUAUUAAAUGUUGAAGGUACUGUAAAGGAUACCUUAGGUGUAGCAUCACCUUUUAACCUUUACAGAAUUCGACGUAAGAAGGUACUGGUUGUUUUGGAUGACGUGGAUAGUUCAAUCCAAUUAGAUGCUUUAAUUGAAGGAUAUCGCCAACUUUCAUGUGGAAGUAGAAUCAUUGUUACAACUAGAAAUAAGCAAGUGCUUGUAAAAGAAGCAGACUAUAUUUAUAAGGUUGGGAGGUUAAAUCACAUCGAAUCUCUUAAGCUCUUCCAUUUGCAUGCUUUUAGUAAAAAUUCUACAGCAGUGGAUGACAAAAUGGUGUUGGAAGUGAUAAAUUAUGCAAAUGGCAAUCCAUUAGCUCUGAAGGUCUUGAGUUCCUUCCUUUGCUCUAGAAGUAAAAAUGAUUGGGAAAGUGCAUUGAAGAAGUUGGAAAGAUUUCCAAACCUGGAAAUUCAAGAUGUGUUGAGAAUCAGUUAUGAAGGACUAGAUGAUAAACGGAUCAAGGGUACAUUUCUUGACAUUGCUUGCUUAUUUGAUUCAUCUUUUACAAGAGACCAUGCAGAAAGCAUAUUAGAUGAUGGUAAUUCGUCUAUAAAAAUAGAAAUAAGUGUUCUCAUUGAGAAGUGUUUAAUUGAAGAUAUUGGAAGUCACAUGUACAGGAACAACGAGCUACUAUAUGUGCACGAUUUGCUGCACCAAAUGGGUCGGGCAAUUGUACGUGAUGAAGAUAAAGAACCUGGUAAUCGUAGUAGGUUGUGCGAUGCCAUGGAAAUCUGCGAGGUAUUGGAAAAUAAUACGGGGACCAAAGCAGUUGAAGUCAUUUCAUUCAACAUGUUUGAUACUAAAAAAAAUGUGGAAGUGUGUCAUGAAGCCUUCUCAAAUAUGCGCAACCUACGAAUUCUCAAAAUUUAUCAUAGGGAUGAUGCUUGUAUUAGUAACAAGUUCAAACUGUCCAUUCCUCAAGACCUUGAUUCUUAUCUUUCUAAUAAGCUAAGGUCUUUUCAGUGGGACCUUUACCCUUUGAAAUCAUUGCCAUCAAACUUUAUUCCUGAGAAUCUUGUUGAACUUGUACUUCGUGGCAGCCACGUUGAAAAGCUUUGGAAUAACCGUAAAAUUCAGAAUCUUCCGUUCUUAAGAAGGAUUGAUCUUAGUUAUUCCAAGUUCCUUAGUCAACUACCCGAUUUGUCGCAGGCUCCAAAUUUGGAGAGUAUAAAUCUUGAAGGCUGUACAAGCUUGGUUCAGGUUCUUUUAUCUCUUCAAAAUCUUGACAAGCUUACUUAUCUAAAUUUGAAUGGCUGCUCCAAACUCCGAGAUCUUCAAGAUAUAUCAAAGAGAACAGAGGGGUGUUUGGAUAUUGUCAGGUUUGGAGGCAUUAAGAAUGUUUUGAAUAAUUUCACAUAUCUCAAAAGUUGCAUCCAAAGUUUUACAGGCAAUUUAUGUCUCUACUCAUCUCAGACUCACAUUUCUCAAAAGUUUGCACCCAAUUUAAGAUAUUUAAUUUUGCGUGGGACAGCAAUAGAAACAGUGCCCCCAUCAAUUGGGUAUCUCACGGGUCUUGUUGAGUUGGAUAUGGAGCAUUGCAAAAGACUUAAAAGUCUUCCGACAAGCAUUUGUCAUUUGAAAUCUCUUGAGACACUGUAUCUGUGUGGUUGUGAGAAACUGAAAACGUUUCCAGAAAUCUUGGAGCCUAUGGAACACUUGAUAGAUAUUUGGUUAGAUUACUCGGGCAUUAAAGAGUUGCCAGAGUCAAUUGAAAAUAUAGUGUCACUUAGAAGAUUAUAUAUGCAACAUUGCGGGGACUUACAGUUUCUCCCUGACAACCUAUGUAAAUUAAGGAACCUUAAGAUUAUAUGGCUCGACAAUUGUUCAAAAUUUCAAAAAUUGCCUUCCCUUCCAUCUUCUUUGCUCGAAUUGUCAUUACGCUAUUGUGAGAGAUUGAAAUCUUUACCAGAGAUUCCAUCACAGUGUUUGAGUUUGAAAGCAAAAGGCUGCACGUCACUGGAGAACAUUUCAAAUUUGAGGGCUCCACUAUUACACGAUCUAGAUAUCAUUCGACAUAGAGAUUUUCUUGAUUAUAUUGACUUUUACGGAUGUGAAAAAUUGGAUCAGAAUACACGCAAUUCCAUGCUAGCUGAUCACGCAGUAAUUAAAAUUUUGUCUCGUCUUAUAUUUGUAAACACUGUAUGUAUAUUUAUUUUUCUUUCCUUUGCUGAGAUGAUUGAUAAUUUUGAGCAAGUUGAUUAA